AUGGUCGCCCCUUCCGAAGCUCAGAUUGUCGAUGCGGUCAAAGCGAAAAUCAACGGCACAUCCGAUCUCCAACAAUCUGACCUCGCACGCCUUCUCGCCACACUCGAACUCGAGAAUGACUGGAGCGAUGUCUCGGCCAAGAAAUUCCAGUCUGUCCUGACAAGGAACAAUCUCAUCACCGAACCAACUACGGCUGCUAACGGAAACGCAGCUGCAAGCGAUAGCACCAGCACCGGCAUUGCCUCCUCAUCAGCUAGCAAGAAGAAGAAAAAGUCAAAGACAGAUCAUGUCGUACCCAAAUCAUUCAUCGAUGCUAGCGUCGACAUGCCUGCCGGUAUCUAUGGAGAGUACUUUGAUGCGGUGAAGGGUAAAGGCUUGGUAGCGGAACGAGACUUUGCUGAAGGCGAGUUGUUAUUCACAGAGGAAGCCUAUAUCGCUACACCACCACCAGAGGCGCUGGAUCAGAUUCUCAGAGGAGAGCUGUGUGGCCAGUGCUUCUUGCCUGUCUCAUCAGCACCGGUAGCUUUGGCGAUCAAGAACUGCCCCAAAUGCAAAUAUCGCUUCUGCACAAGUGGAUGUCAUCGAACAGCUAUGGCCACGCACCAUAAUCUGCUGUGUACCAGCAUCAACCCUUCUGCUACGCCGUUGAUGGAUUUGAUCCAGUCGCAGAAAUGGCAGAGUCUUCAUUGUGCUGCACGCUCGACCGCUCGCUUGCUGUCCACGCUUACACCGCACAGCACUGUGCCAACCUCCCGGACCACAUCCAAGAACGCAGUAGACGAAGAUGACCUGCUCAAAGAAUACGGCCACUUUGAAACUGUCUUCAGCCGUCUUUCCUCCUUCGCGACCGUUUCUGAACUUGAACGAAGAUCCCGUAACCCAGGCUGGGCAACCGAAAAAACCUCCUUCGAGGCCAUUCUCGCCGAAGCCCACUCUGUAUUCCGCGCCGCUCUCGACCCAUACCACGAAUCGCGCGUCACCUCUCGCUCCACCAACCCCAACCACGAACCACACCACAUCCGCAUCGACCUCAUCGAAAGCGUCAAAUCUCGCAAAGGCCAGCUCAAGGACCUCUUCGAUUUCCCCACAUUCCUCAAACUCCUAGGUCGAGCCAACAUCAACAUGGAAAAAUUCGGCGGUCUUUACAGUAUCCAUUCUUUCCUCAAUCAUUCUUGUUCGCCUAAUGUUCAAAUUCGUCACGUACCCGAACGCGGGAUUUUGGCAAGUAUGAAGAUUGCAGCUUUGGCUUUGAGGCCAGUGAGGAAGGGAGAGGAAUUGCUAAUCAGUUAUAUCGACCCAAGUACAAGGUUAGGUAGAAGACAGUUGUUGUUAUACCGAGAUUACUGUUUCGGUCCUUGUGUAUGCGAGAAGUGUAAAAAGGAGUUGGGAGAGAUGGGGUUGGAGUACCAUCCGACAAAGCAUGGAGUCAAAGGAUUUUUGGAGAGCGUUACAAAGAAGACUGCGACAGACACAGAUGCAACAGCAGCAGGGCCAAAUGUGGGAGAAGAUUCCAGUUUGGAGGAGGAGUUGCGUGCUUCUCUUGGUUUUUAA